UCGCUUAGAAGAGUUAGUCCCUUAGUCGCUUCUGGUUCUCCGCCCAGCCCCGACCUCACACAUGUUAUUGUACAUCCGAUUGUGUUGUGUUUUUUCAAUCGCAUCUUCCGGUUGCUCAGAUUACAGGCUGAAAGAAGACGCAUGGUUCGACCAAGUUACAUAUAAUCAUCUUGCCGCUCUUUCAAAAACGUUCUCCUUCCAUCUGUCUGAGCGUGGUCAUGGCUGCCGUGAAUCUGUUUGCAGUACGGCCUGUAUUUGUGGAAAACGCUUCGAAGACCGUUCUCCACCAGCUGCUGGACGAUCUUUUGCUAAGGAAGGUUCUGAAUGACGGGGAAGUGGAAGCAGUGAGAGAAGAACACUCCCAGAGAGCGAAUCAGGCUCGUGCGGUCAUAGACAUGGUGCGGAAGAAAGGUGACCGCGCCAGUGAGCUGAUGAUUCAAUGUCUUCAGCUUCGGGACCCCGAGCUAUAUCAACGACUUGCGUCAGAGGUCUCGCUUGAAGAGGAACCUAUGAUCCAGGGACAGUUACGUUGAUGGAAACAGAUCUUUCCCUUCAAAUCUGCAUCGUCUAGAGGUCCUUUUUCUCCUUUCCAAAUUUUGUACCAGUUUUGUACCAUUCAUACAUCUGUAUUAACUUCUGAUGUGUCAUUUUACUCAUUUUAAAACAGAAAAUUAAAAUCACUUGAAAUCAAA